GCCAAUUGACUGGAUUGUUUACUCUGAGGGCAAAUUGCUGGUUUAUGUCAUGUACUGUGUGGAGAGUUACAUCCUGAUAAUUUGCACUUGUGGUCACUCUGUCAUUCAGUUUCUCGUUUUGCAUUUUGGCUCAGAGGAGCCCAGCAUAUCAACGACAGGCAGAACAGCAGCUGGCAGAAGGGAGAUACAAACUUCAGGUUUUCGCCCUCCUUCAGAUUCUUGCCACGAUUGGAUCGGACCUCCUGAUCAGCAUUCAAACCUCCGGCCAAUAAUAUUUUAUAUUCCUAAACAUGAAUCUCCACUGGAACGCAGACUUAGAGAACUUAGACAAGAAACGCAAGCUUGGAAUCAGCAAUUCUGGGCAAACCAGAAUGUAUUGUUUAAAAAGGAAAAAGAAGAGUUCGUUCGCUCCAGAUUGAAAGCCAAAGGUCUAGAAUUGAGAGAUGAACAAGGGCAGAGAGUAACACUGGACGCUGAAGAAAUGGCUGAAUUUUACAAAGCUUUCUUAAGUAAAAACUAUAAAAAGCAGCUAUUUUAUAACAGGGAUUGGUACAAACGGAAUUUGACCAUCACAUUCAUCAUGGGUCGAGUGGCAUUAGAGAGAGCAUGGAGAAGACUUGGGUUUAAAAAGAUAAGAACUGAGGGCUAGUACGUUGCAGCACCAGGUACCUUGGGAAGAUGGCCUUACUAUUUCUUAGAAACCGAAUUGGAAUGGUGGCUGUCCUCAGGUCUUGAAGGAGCUUCAGAUAUGAAUGAAAGUUGAGUUGGGUCUUUCUCUGCUACUUUUUAUAGCACCAGAUAUCUCCCUUUUAGUUGAAAGAUAAACUGGUAACAUCAAAAUUGUACCGUAUUUAUAGAAAAAAGGGCUCAUGGUGUCUUUAUUUCUGGUUCCACAAAUCAGUUUUCGUGCCUUCUUUGUCUGUGGCCUGGCACUUGCAUUCCACAUUGGUGAAAACAC